AAAAGCAGGCGAGCGAUUCAGAUGCAAAGCAAACGCAAGCGAGAACGGUUCGUAGCGGACGACACAUUGAGAGUACGGAACAAAGAAAGGAAACGAAUAAAACGCCCCGUGAGAGAGACCAACGCGAAGUAGAGAGAGCGCAGAAAAAAGAAACCGAAGGAAGCAGAAAGAAACAGCCGUCCAGUGAGAGGCCAGAGCGAGCGAGAUAGCUGGAGUGGCGGAACAGCAGCAGGCAGUUAGUUGGCUGUCUACCUGAGUUCGUGUGCGCGCGAGUGUGUGUGAGUGAGUAAAUAGUCGGCAGAGUCGCGGCAGAGGUUGCUGUACAUAGCAGCGAGCGGCAGAAACAGAAACAGAAACAGCGUGGUCGCAGCUCGCAGUUGAAACGGACGUACGGUGCUCCACAAUAUCGCUACCAAAGUGCGCUCUAAAAUAUUUUUUGUAACCAAGUGCAGAAGUGUAAAUGGCUUAAGUUUUCUAUAAAGCUAAAACAUUUUUUUUAAAUAUAAAAAAAAAUUAAGAAAUAUUAAUUAUUAUCAAAUGCAACGGCAACUAUCGGUUGCAUGCUCGAAAUUUUCUUUGUGUCUCGUUCUUGUGUGACAAAUGCCGCAGCAACAGCGGCAGCAGCACUCACUCGGCCUUAUAUACCCGUCCAUAUAAACGGUUCGGUUCACUCUUGUUCGUGUGCGUGUGUGUUUGUGUGCACGCAGAAAACAUAGAGCAAAGCGGAAUACACAAUAAAGGUGCUUACGAAAGCAGGGCGCCGAUGAGCGCAAAGUGUGAGUGUGUGUGUUCGUGUUUGUUUGUUGAGUAAAGAAAGAAGAGAAGUAAAAGAAAUGAAACGCUGUGUUAAAGCUGAGCGUUAGCAUACACUGUGGAUUACAAACAAAUACCCUGCAAUUGGAUACAGUGCCCGUACCCCCCGCCUCACGAUGCCAAUUAACUGGCUGGAUUAGCAGCAUACAAUCAACCAAAAGAUUGACGCUUGUGCAACACACACGAGCGAAUUCGAGGCAACGAGUAUUAUGAUUAUGAUGACGCCAGACUCGAAAGCGGCAACAACAACUGCAACUGCAACUGCAACUACAACAAUGGCACACACACAAAAGCCAGCGCCAGCUCCAGCGCCAGCGGCAGCGGCAGCGGCGAAAGCAGCAGCCAAAAGCAGCGCUGUCAGCAAUAGCAGCAAAAAGCUGGCUUUGUCUCUGAAAGCGCCAACAACAACGACAACUGUAGCAACAGCCACUGCCACAACAGCAACAGCAGCAGCAGCAGCAGCAACAGCAACAACAGCAGAACAACAGAAGCAGCAGCAACAGCAGCAGCAGCAAGUUUUUGCUGUCAGCAGCAUUAAAGUAAAAAGUGAAAACACAUUAGCAGCAGUAACAGCAACAGUUGCAACACCAACAACAACAACAACAACAACCAAUGCAACACCAGCAGCAACGCCAGCAGCAGCAACAGCAACUGUAGCAUCAGCAAAAAGCAUGUUAGAAAAGAACAUCAAGAAGGAAUCAACGCCACCGGCAACUACUCCUAAUGUCGUCGAAUCAGUCGAGGCCGCCUCCUCCUCCGCCUCAUGCUGCUCAUCGUCGGCCUGGUCGACGACAACGGCCACAUCAGAGGAUGCCAGCAGCAAUGGUGGCGCCUCCGCUGACGAGGAAGCAGCAGAUACUUCCGAUUUGGCAGCAACGGGGAACACCGAUCUGGGAACAGCAACAACGCCACGACCAGUCCUGCUGACUGCCGUUAAUCCGCACAUCAUCUGUCACCUGUGCCAGGGCUACCUGAUCAAUGCCACGACAAUUGUCGAGUGUCUGCACUCCUUCUGCCACAGUUGCCUCAUUAAUCACCUGCGCAAGGAUCGCUUCUGUCCACGGUGCGAGAUGGUCAUCAACAGCGCCAAGCCGAAUAUCAAAUCGGACACCACGCUCCAGGCGAUCGUCUACAAGCUCGUGCCGGGCCUCUACGAGCGGGAGCUGAUGCGUAAGCGGGCCUUCUACAAGGAUCGGCCGCAGGAGGCAGCCCUGGCCACGCCCGAGCAGCGGGGCGAUGAUACGGAGCACUUGAUAUUCGGCCCCACGGAUAACAUGUCCUUGUCCCUGGAAUACGCAGAGUUGGGUGAACUUAGCACCGAAUCAGAAGUGGAGUUCCUGCGUCCGAGGUACCUCCAGUGCCCGGCCAUGUGUCGGGUGAGCCACCUCAAGAAGUUCGUCUACGACAAGUUCGACAUCGACGUGCAGCGCUUCAGCAUCGACAUUAUGUACAAGGUGAAGACGAUCGUCCUGCUGGACUACUACACCCUCAUGGACAUUGCGUACAUCUACACGUGGAAGCGGGACGCGCCCAUGCGCUUCUACUUCAGGGUGUACGAGUCGCCGCAGCGACAGGUGAAGCCCCCGGCACGCCGCAUGCUCCCAGCUCCCCUGAAGGUGGUGAAGCAGGAGCCGACGCCGGCGCCAGAAGCGCCCAAGGUGGAGCAAACCUCGCCCACAGCAGCUCCGGUAUCGCCGCCUGCCAGCAUAAAGCAGGAGCUGCAGGAGGAGAUCCGGGUGCCCAGCGAGCAGCCCCUCAAGCUGAUCAUCAACCGGAAUAUGCUGGAGAAGCGCGAGAAGAGCCACUCGCCGCAGUCCUCCAAGUCGAGCGCCAAGAGCAAUCAUCACACGCCCACCACUCCAUCCUCCUCCUCCUCCUCCUCCUCCUCCUCCUCCUCCUCCUCCUCCUCCUGUCCAUCGCCCAGCGGGGAGCUCAAUAUCAAGCUGAAGAUCGAUCUGUCCAAGCACAACAGCGUGACCAUCAUCAACAUGUCCGACCCGGAGCGCAAGGAGAUCGUGAAGCCGCUGAAACCGGAGAAGGAGUCGCGCUCUAAGAACCGCAGCAAGGACAAGGACGGCAGUCCCAAGUCCUCGAGCAGCAGCAGCGAUCGAAAGCGUAAGAGUCCCAGCCCGCUGACGGUGCCUCCGCUGACCAUACGCACCGAGCGCAUCCUCAGUCCCAGCGGUGUCAGCACCCUGAGUCCACGCUGCGUGGCCAGCAGCUCCUGCCACGAGGAUCCCAAGUCGGAGUUCCUCAAGUCCUUCGCCCUGACGCCCAUCAAGGUGAAGGUGGAGUCCCCGGAGAGGUCCCCCAGCAGCCACAGAGCGCCUACCCCUCCGAAAACGACUGCUUCUGGCUCUGGGUCCGCGUCCCACUCGCAUCACAGCGGCAGGUCCAAAAGCACCCUGGAGGACAGGGAGCUGAUGAGGCCGCCCGCCGGAAUGGCACCCAAGUCGAUUGCCUCUUCGAAGCGCAAGAGCAAGGAGCCCGUCAAGGCCGUCUCCAAGAAGCCGAAGCUCUCGCCGCCCCUGCCUCGCGAGGACUUCAAGAUUCGUCUGCCCGCCACCAAUUCGCAUUCGCAUCCCCCGCCAGCUCCGACCACGCCGCCACCGUUUGUCGGCAGCUUGGAGAAGCUCAUGCCGCCACCGCCAAAGCCCCCGAUGCUGGCGUCACGCAAGCCCCAGCUCGCGGCACAAUUCGCUCCGCCUUCGCCCCACCAUUCGGGCAUGCAGAUGGCGGCUCCGGGCAACCGCACGCCCAUCGCCAAGCGCUACCACCCCAUCCUGCCCAAGGCGGCGCGACCCAAUCCGUUCGCCAACAUUCCCAACGAUGUCAACCGUCUGCUGAAAGACGCCGGCACCGAGAUCAAGUCGAUUGGAGGCAGCACAAGCGCCUCCUCGGCCAAGUCGCAUGUGUACGGGCCCAAGGCUGACUCCAAGAUGGGACCACCGCCGCCACCGGCAGGCGCUGCAGCUCCCCACGCAGCACGCCACACCAGCGGAGGCCAGGGCAAGACGGGAGGCAACAAUCAACCGCAACCCCAUCCGGCACCCAGCUCCAAUGGCAGCCAGAACAAGGCGGCCAACAACUACCUCAAUUUGGCCCUGUUCAAUGCCAGCAAGUCCAAGGGCCGGGAGGCGCCGCCCGGCUGCCGCACGCCCAUGUACACGCCCAACUCGCCCAUUUACUCGCCCAGCUCGCCGCAGUACGUGCCCAACUACAACAUCCCCACGAUGCCCACCUACAAGUACACGCCAAAGCCGAGCCAGGCCACCGCCGGAGGCUACCUGCAGAGCAUGCUCGGUGGCGGUGGCAGCGGCAGCGGCGGGGGAUCGCUGUUCCCAUCACCGCCCACGAAGGCCGACCAGAACACCAAUCCGGCGGGAGCAGCUCCGUCCUCCGGCCAUGCCUUCCAGCGUGGCGCCAGUCCCAGCCACGAGGACGCGCCCGAGAAGCAACAGGUGAAGGUCAAGUCGCUGCUCAACUCGUGCAACAUCAACAUCCCCUCCUCGCUGUCGAUCACAAUCUCCAGGGACAACGGCGACUCCUCGUCGGCCAGCAACGGAUCGCAUCCGAAGCACAAGAGUCCCGUCAACAACUACAUCGAGAUCGUAAAACUGCCCGACCAGCCGCAGGACCAGGGACAGAAGUCCGCCGCCAGCGUCACGGAGGCCCAGAAACGUCAGUCGCCGCCAGCACCCACACCCGGACGCACUCCACCCCCACAGCUACCCGCAGUCGCAGCACCUGCUCCGGCCGCCGCCGCCAUGCGGCUGACGCAGCCACCGCCCUCCAAGGCCAUUCCCUCCCCGCAGCACCUGAUGUCGCGUAUGACGCCGCCACAGUUGCCGCAAACAGCCCCGCCACCCCCGUCGCCGUCCGCCGCUCCACGAGGUAUCACACCGCCCAAGAUAUCGCCCCCUGCCAGCGGAAAGGGCACGCCCCUGAAGACCGUGCUGACGCCCUCGCAGGCGGAUAGCAAGAAGACGCCCAGUCCGGAGAAGCGCAGUGCCGCCCAGAUGGGAAGCCACUCGCCCACCGCCAGCGAGAACAAGUCACCAAAGCUGGCAGGACAGUCGGCACCAGGAUCAGCCACUCCCAACGGAGAUCCGGCGGCCAAGAAGUUCCGACCCAUUCUGCCCCGCCAGAACGCCCAGAUCCCAGACAUGGCCGCCAAGAUGCCCAGCCUGGCGCCCGCCUUCAACUUCAGCCAGCCCCAGAGCCAGGUCCAGACCGGCGCCAAGAAGGUGCCUACCAGCAAGAAGUCCCCCAACGGAGGAGCAGCAGUCUUUCUGCCGCCCCCCCCGAAGCUUCCCAACGGCAGUCACCCGGCGCAGAAGCCGAGUCCUCCGCUGAAGAGCCAACAGACGGGUGGCAAGAAGGCAAACAAGAAUCCCACACCGCCCCCGUCCUCGUCCGCCGCUUUGGGGGGUGGUGUCCAAGGGAAUAUGGGAAAACUUAUGCCUCAUCCCGGUUUGCCGGGCUUAAACGCCCCGCUGAGCAUCGCCUCCAGUGCAGCGGCCGCUGCCGGUCAAAUGGAUCUGAACAACUUCAUCAAGGAGAACCUGAUCCGGGCUCAGGUGGCCCAGGCAGCACAGGCCGCCCAGGCUGCCCAAGCGGCCGCCAAUCAGUCGAAUAUGCUGUACAACUUUGCCCAGAUCGGGCACAUGUCCCCGGCGAUGUACAACUACCAGCAGGCGGUUCUCAUGGAACAGCUCACGCGGAUGCAGCGGGCGGGCAACGAGGCGUUCAACGACUACCUUCAGAAGCUGAAGAAUGCGGCCAAUAGCCAGGCAGGCGAUGGUGACCACAAGCCGAUCAUGCCCAUGCUGCCCACCGUCAACCUGCCCAGCCCCUCCUCGGCUUCAUCGGCAGCCAGCCCCAAGACCUCAGCCCUGCCCAACGGAAAGCUGACUGCAGCGGCUGCAGCCCCAACCAGCCACACGCCAUCAUCGCUAGCCAAGGCCGGCAGUGGGGCUAGUCCACGUCAGCAGACGGCGGCCACCCCCGCCGCACCCCUCCCGGCUGCCACCAAGAGCAAGUGAACAGCAGCCGCCACCCGUCCAUACCACUCGUUUCCGUUCAGGCGGAAGCUGAAGGGAGUCCAAGUCUGCAUCCGGAGCGAGGUGUGAGAUGGCCAUCAUUAAAGGAGAGGCAACAUCAGAAGCAGCAGCAGUAGCAGCAGUGGCUCCUGGAUAGCUCUAAUUAAUAUUUAAAGAUUUUUUUUUUUAGUUGUACGCCACCCCGUUCUCCAGUCAGAACCAGUACCAGAACCAGAACCAAUUCCCCGCCCUAAUUAUUGUUAGAAGCAACCACCAUGCCACCCCAGAACGGGGUAGCUGGCUCAGGCCACAUCCAUCCGAGCCCCUAGGCUAUAGACCUAUGUAAAUAUUGAUAAUUUUAUCAUCUAACAGAUGUAUACAGAAAAAAAGACAGCGAUUCAGAAUCGAUUUAUGCAGAUGCGAUAAUCAUAUAAAUAUAUAUUUAAGUGCUGCGGCAAAAGUUGAGCUAAUCCUAAGUGUAAAUACCAUCCAUUAAAUACGAUUUUAUACAAUCUUUUUUUACUCAAAAACUAAGCAGAAAAAUAAAAAUCUAAUUUAUA